AUGAGACUGGCCGCCUACACUGGGGCCUCCGUGGCUCUGGCCACCGGUGUGUUCUUGAAGGCCCUCCAUCAGAGGUCGAACGUCUACGCAGCUUGCGUAUAUCUCUCACAGAGUAGCGCGAAUCUCAUGAUUCUCACGAAUUUAUGCCUCAUUAUCACCGGUUUCGUUCUCUUCUGGCUACAGCGACUUCUUUACGGACCCCUGCGGCCGAUUGAAACUGAACAACUCUACGAACGAGCGUGGUUCGCUGUGACCGAAACAUGUUUGGCUAUGACCAUUUUCCGCGGUGAGCUUGGCGGGUGGUUCCUCGUCAUGUUCAUCUCGCUCCUGGUCGGAAAGGUUUGGGGAUGGAUUGGAGAAGGACGGGUGGAAUAUCUCGAGCAGCAACCCCCGGCAAACCCGCGAUUGUUCCAUACGCGACUAGCGAUUUCCCUAGUCCUGUCCGUCCUCUUCAAUGCGUUCAUGCUGCGGUACUGUAUCAAUACCGUGAUCCACCAAGCGCGCCCCGAUAUGAUGGUUAUGUUCGGGUUCGAGUUUGCAAUCCUGACUAUCCUGUCAAGUUCUACCACUGCGCGCUACGGAAUCGCAUUGACGGAGAUCUAUAUCACUCGCCAACAAGUGAAAGCAAAGAUGGCAGAACGCCGAGCAGAGAUUCGCGGGGCACGUUUGGAGGCAAUUAGGGAGCAUGCACGUGCUGGAGAAAGCUCCCCACCAACAAACUUGCCAGAUGAGAAUGAUGUCAACGAGCUCGAGAUCGAUGUCCCUGGGUGGGAAGAGAAAGGCCGAUGGGUCUUCUACCUUGACCUGCUGACCGAUUUCGUCAAGCUCAUGGUUUAUCUUAUCUUCUUUGCUAUCCUCCUGACUUUCUAUGGCCUGCCGAUUCAUAUUCUGCGCGACGUCGUCGUUACAAUCCGCUCUUUUGCUCGCCGGAUCAUGGAUUUCCUUCGUUUCCGCAACGCAACCAGAGACAUGAACGAGAGAUACCCUGAUGCGACUGCCGAAGAGGUCGCCAGAGAAGAAGUCUGCAUCAUUUGUCGCGAAGAAAUGGUUUCUGCUCAGCCUGCCCCCGGUGCUGCCGGAGAAACUCCUGCGCCGCAAGCCGCAGGUGCUCAGCGCGUUCCUGACCGUCUCCGCCCAAAGAAGCUACCUUGUGGUCACAUUCUGCAUUUCUCUUGUCUCAGAAGCUGGCUGGAACGGCAACAGAACUGCCCUACAUGCCGACGCCCGGUGGUUCGUGCAGGUGGUGCUCAGGGAGUGACAGGUGCCAAUGCCAACAAUGCUGGUAAUGGUGCUGGUGGUGUCGCUCCCAAUAUGCCCGGUGGUAAUCAAGCACCAGGACAGCCAGGUGUCGACGGAGCACCCAGAGCCCGCGUCUAUCAAUUCGGUCCUUUCCGAAUCGGCUUCGGUGCUGUGCGUGGGGAUCUUCUUCAGAAUCUUCACCAGCAGGUUCACCAAGGAAACGCACCGCUUCAACCCGCACCAAAUGCGAACCCUCAAGGUGCGCGCCAGAUUGGCUUUGGUUUUGGAUUUGGUCGCCGUCCACCUGUUCCUACUCCUCAGGGACAACCCCAGGGACAACCCCAGGAUCAGCCUCAGUUUGCGCAGCCAUCCAACUUCUUUGACGUUCAUUCUCAACUUCAGCAAAUUGAGCAGCAGAUUGCGCAAGAGAUUAACUCCCUCCGCGCUGUCACGGAGCAUUUCCGACAUGUACAGUCUCUAGCUCAGGGCUUCCGGCCCGUCAAUUCGUCGCGGGGCCCCAACUCCUCCACUCUGACAUCUGGGGACAGCCGGCUACCGGAAGGACUCACUCUCCCAGCGGGCUGGUCCCUCGUUCCACUCCAAUCGACCGAGUCGAAUCUCGAAAACCUGUCUAGUCUCACUCAGAACCUCGUUGAUCCGGAUCUCCCGGAAGAUGCCCUGUCUAGCACUCGGCAACAAGCUGCGCAGACUUCACAGACGCACACAACCCCCGCCACCGUUGUACCUCAAGGGGAUAGCAGCCACCUAGCUCAACCAGCUACAGCACCGAACUCUCAAACUGGGACAUCCACGGCAGAGACAGCGGAACUGGGUUCAUCAAACCCCCUGUCCGACUUGUCCCAGUGUAACGGGACAUCAUCAACAGUCCAUCGUGCGGACUCGCCAUCACAAGAGUGGACAGACGUCCGAUCCGAUCAAGUCCCAGCACCAGGGCCAUCAACGAACCCACCCAACUGGGGCAGCGGUAUGGAAUUUAUAUCGGAACCGGAGAUAGAAAGCACAGAUCAAGGGUCCUUGUCAAAGGGCAAGGGCCGUACAGCCACCGUGGAAGAGGCAGACGAAGACGCCUCGUAG